AUGGAGGAGUACGAGUAUGAUGUUAACAGUUGGUCACGCUGUGCCACUGAUGCACCAGUAAUUUUGACGCUGCCGCAUAUGUUGGGCGCCUCGAACGAGUACAGAAAAAUGAUUCGCGGUCUCAAACCGGAUGCGAAGAAGCAUCAAACAUUCGUUGAUGUGCAGAUGCUCACUGGUACGCCGCUUCAGGGAGGCAAACGCGUGCAGUUCAACAUGUUCUUGAAGAGCAUAAAUCGCAUUACGAUCACGGAGAAUCUGACAACCGUGCUAAUGCCAGCGAUUUGGGUGGAGGAAGGCAUUCAGCUAAACAAUGAGAUGGUAGCAUUCUUCAAAAAGAAACUGAUAAACUCCCUAAAGACACUAAAUAUUGUGCAUUGGGCUUCACUGUGUGGCGGCAUUGGAGUGGCAUUAAUUUGUCUGAUGUAUUAUGUCGUGUACCGUCGAAAACCCAUUGAAGAGGCACCGCUAAAGUAGGAGGACUUGUUAAAAGUUGUUCGGGUUAUAGAUAAAUCUAACUUUAGCACUAUAAUAUAUGUAUGUGGUUAUAUAUAUGUAUAUGUUUGUUAUUAUAUUAACUAUUGU